AUGCCAGUCCCAAUCGAGCGUCUCGCUCCACCACCCUCUAUGGACUCCUUCAAUGACGACCUCGCCAAAACCUUCCUCGUCCCCCUUGGCUCCCGUUCCUACAGCAAACAAUUCGCUCAACUGUACGACUACCGUCUAGCCUAUCUCAAAAAACGCAUCCUUCCACGCGCCCAUUCCCGCUGGAUCACCAACUUGGACUCAUUCUUUCAAUCUCAAUCCCAACCUGGCUCCGAACUUGACCCUUCCCCCUCCUCCUCCUCCUCUGCACGGGGUAGAAUGCGAAUGGAAGAUCCACCGAAACUCGUCGACCGUAUCCUCGACAUCCGGCAAGGCGAGAUCUGUUAUGUCGUCGGAAACAUCUAUUGCGCAAUGCCACUCAAACCUGACGUGUUGGAGGAUUUGACGCGGGAACAGUGGCUUGCUCCGCAACCGGUGCGGGCGAAGUUUGUGGAUUAUGCCAAGGAUGAGCUGUUUAUUGAGGAUCAGAGUGGAAGGGUUAAACUGGUGGGGGAGGCGAUAAGGGGUGGCACUGCCUUAAGGGAGAUGUUGAUCACCGGGGUGGUGGCUGCUGUCUUGGGGACGGAGACGAGAGCGGGGGAUUUCGAUGUGGUGGAUGCUGUGUUUGCUUCCCUUCCCUCUCCUGCUAAGGCAGCGAGCAGUGGGAGGGAUGGGAAAGCAAAAGGGGAGAGUGGGGGGACGGAUCAAUGGGUAGUGCUGAUCAGUGGCUUAUCCCUUGGUGGGGGAGAGAGCGAACUGGAUUCUGAACUCUCUCUGCAACUCUUAGUCGAGUAUCUGACGGGUGAACUCGGGUCGGAUUCGGAUCGCAGUUCCACAUCCUCCAUCGUAGCAGCCAUUAUCGCAGGCAACUCUUUAGCCCCUCAGACGCGAAACGAAGAUGAAGAAUCAUGCAAACCCAAACGUUACGGUCAGGACCAACCGACGUUCUCCUCCGCACCUACUCUAGCUCUCGAUCAGCUGCUUACGGAUCUUUGUAGCGCUAUGCCAGUCCACCUGCUCCCUGGUGAAAAAGAUCCUGCUUCAGUAGCAAUCCCUCAACAACCCAUCCAUUUCGCACUACUCCCCAGAGCGGGUAGAUUCGAUUCGCUACACAGACAUACGAACCCAGCAUGGCUCAGGAUCGGCGGUAAAAAGCUACUUGGCACAGCGGGGCAGAACAUCGAUGACAUUUUCAAAUACGUACAGCAAGCCGACGACGGUAGGUUGGAGAUGGCCGCCCGAACCCUCGAAUGGGGCCAUUUAGCUCCUACUGCACCCGACACGCUGUGGUGCUAUCCGUUUAAAAGUACGGAUCCGUUCGUGUUAAAGGAAAGACCAGAUGUGAUGUUCGUUGGGAACCAGCCAAAGUAUGCCAGCGCAGUGUAUAGGUAUGACGAUGACGAGGCGGACGAGAAUUCGCAGGAAAAUGCGCAGGAUAAGGGCUGUAGAGUAGUCCUAAUUCCGCAAUUUGCAAAGACGAAACAAGUGGUUUUGCUCAACCUCGCUUCGUUAGAGACGAAGCUGGUUUGCGUCGAAACGCCGCUGUAG